AAUACACUCUUCAAUGCCUCAUCAGACUGUACCCCGCUCCCCCUCUUCUGUUUCUUACAGCACUGAAGCCUGGAAUAGCCAAGCAACGGGGCAGUGAAGAAUGUGUGCGGACGGUUUUUUUCCCACGGUGACGGAGCACUGUUGUGUGUUGAUGUAAAAUUCAAAAAAGUUGUCCAUGGAUUUUUUUCCCCCAUCAACAAAAAGUUAGGAAGAUUUCUUCCUCAGAAUUUUGUGCAAAUGGAGCAAAAUAUUAGCCAGCCUCCGGGAUGUGAAGGUGAUCCUCCGACAGCUGAGCAGAUUCUUUACAACAUUGAUAUACCCACGAGCACGCUAUAUGGGGUUCUAACAAUGAUGACUGUUCUGGGAAAUCUUGUGUACCUUGAAGAAAUCGUGUAUUUAUUAAGUAAAACACCCUUUUCUUACAAAAGGACGACUUACAUCUGGAUCACUGGGGCUCCACCGGUCAUAGCAGCCACUUCCUGUAUUGGACUGUGGGUACCUCGCUCAACCAUGUUUACAGACUUCACUGCAUCCAUCUACUUCACGAUCUGUAUCCAUAAGUUCCUAGUGAUGAUAGUGGAGGAGUAUGGUGGAGAUGAUGCCUUCAUCCACAGGCUGCAUGGAGUCCCCUUGAAGAUUAGCACUGGACCCUGCUGCUGCUGCUGUUGCCUGUGUCUACCUACUAUACCAAUGUCCAGGAAGACUUUAACUGUUCUGAAGUCUGGAACACUGCAAGCAGCUCUCCUGAGACCCAUCUUGCUGUUUUUUGCCACAGUUCUGUGGACUAAUGGAAACUAUGAACAGGGAAAGAUGAAAAUCAAUGGCGCUUUCCUCUGGAUAACUAUUCUCUCUGUUGCUGCAUUCAUACUCUCACUCUGGCCAAUAGGGAUUCUCUUCAACCAAGCAAAAUCCAACCUGUCCAGGCACAACAUAGUACCCAAGUUUGCUUUAAAUCAGAGUGUUCUUAUUCUGACCCAGGCUCAGGGUGGGAUCAUUAACUUGCUGGUCAGCACGGGGACCAUUGUGUGCGCAGCACCCUUCUCAGCUAGAGCCAGAGGAGCAUUUAUGCAUCAGCAGCUGCUGGUGAUGGAGAUGUUCAUUCUCAUUCUGGUGUCACGCUGUUACUACAGGCGGCAGUAUCACCUGAACACAGAAGAGGGGUGUCCGUCCCAGUGCCAGGAGCAGGACAAUCUUAAGAGUCACGCUAACAAGGGAGUUGUCCUUCUCACAAAGCCCCUGAUGGUGUCACAACAAAAGGUGUAACUAACGUGACUGAAGUAAAAUUAAACAAAAAUAUUGUCUA